UCGAAAUGAUAACGAUACGGCUUCAAAACUUGGUCGGAAUUGUUGUAUGGCGAACAAUGCAAAUUUUGUACCAAGUUAACCAGAGUUCGAGACGUCUUGUUCCGUCGAGUGCCGUAUAAACCUGUGUGUAAUAACCAAGAAUGUCCCUCGAAGCUUUGAAUGCGAGCAACGGGAUUGAGGAGCAGGAGGUGGAAGAUGUGGGAAAAACGGCGUAUCUGGGUACCGCAGCUGUUUUAAUAGCGAUCGGUGUUCUCGGUGCACUUUUGAAUAUGACUGUGAUAUUCAUCAUGCUGCGAGAUAGGCAAACUUUGUUAACGCCGGUCAAUGUGGUAUUGCUGAAUUUGGUGAUCGGCGACUUCUGCGUAUCAAUUAUCGGUACUCCGUUUCCAACCGUAUCUGCAAUCCUUGGAAGAUGGUACUGGGGCUACACGGGUUGUCUUUGGUACGCUUGGUUCAUGUCGACUUUGGGGCUGGCCAGUAUUGGAAAUCUGACGGUUUUAGCGAUAGAAAGAUGGCUGCUUGUGACACGACCGAUGAGAGCUUUCACCAUAAGACAAGCCUUGUACCUGGUAUCGGGGGUUUGGAUCUACACGCUGUCACUGACGAUCCCCCCCCUCUGCGGAUGGGGAAGCUACGGACCAGAAGCCGGAAAUCUGUCUUGCAGCGUUUCCUGGGAAGUCCACGAUCCCGCGAUCGGUAGCGACACCUACAUCGCGUUCCUCUUCUUCUUCGGCCUGGUCGUUCCGGUGAUUCUGAUAUGCUGGAGUUACUUCGAGAUAAUACGAACGCUGAGGAAGGUCAGGAAGAGAGCCGGUUCCAGAGGCAAGUACGAGGCGAAAGUUACCAAAAUGGUGGCUCUCAUGAUCAUGGCGUUCCUGAUAGCCUGGACACCUUACUCGAUCUCGGCUCUAUCUGCGCAGUAUCUGCAGGUUACGUCAAGCCCAACAGUCGCGAUAGUUCCAGCGCUGUUGGCGAAGUCAUCGAUCUGCUAUAACCCGCUGAUAUACGUCGGGAUGAACAGCCAAUUCCGUACUGUGAUGAAACAGUUCUUAGGAUUGUCAGAAUCUACAAGACCAGCAACGAUUAGUCAACACACGGGAGUAAGCGCCAGCAACCGAGCGGGCGUUAAUCCGAUACAAAUUGAGAAGGAAUAAUGUCCGUCAG